AUGAAUUCAUCAACAUAUUUAUACAUAUUAAUUUUAGUUAAAAUUUUUAUCCCACAAAUUCAUGCGAUUAAUCCAUUCGGAGUAAACCCAACUCCUCUUUCAACAAUAUUUCCUCAUCGCACUGACCUUCCACGAAGAUUAUUAACCGCACUUAAAUCAUAUGAUCAUAGUGAUAACACAUCAUCCAGUCAUAUUUGUUCUAAAUUUCCAGGAUGGACUCACACAACUCUAGCUUGGGAGGAUAAAUUAGCUCCCUACAGGCUCACGUUAUGUUCAAAGGAAUUUGGUGGUGGAGGGAACUGUAUGUUCUAUUCAAUAGCUGGAGCUCUAAAAGAAGCUGGAUACAAAAUCAGUUUUUUCAACUUUGAUAGAGAAGAUAUGCCAUUACAUGUACGACAGUCGAUAUUAAAGAUGAAUUUAAACAAAGAAAAGUUUUUAACUAUGCCUGAAGUCAGGAUUCUUGCUUCAAUAGCGUUUGUUGGACUAGAUCCUACAAUACCAGGUGCUGAAUCAUAUCUCGAUGUAGAAGAGUUGAAAACAAAACUCAAAAACACAUCUGUUGCAUUGGGUGAUGCAGCUGAUAUACAGUGGAACCCUAAACACUGGCUUCAAAUGUUAGAGAGCAAAGCUAUGGAUCCUCUUCAGGUUGCUAAGACUGUUUUUAAGCAAAUUUCUUCCUUCGCUCCCGUUUAUACUUGGGGUUCUGGAGAUGAUCUUUAUGGUUUGGCUGAAAUAAUGAAUGUGGAUUUUAUCCUUUUCCAUAAGACCAACCAAGUAAUACAACACGUUAGGAGUAGCGCUAGGGCUCCGGUAUGUACAUUACUCCUCUAUUACCAUACUAUGAUUCACUUCCAAUGCGCUGGAAUCGUUGAAUGGGUAUUCAAUUCUCUCCAAUACAAACUAUUCACUGUUUAUAAUAAAUUUGAAAUAAGUGACAGAUUAUAUGAUUUGAUCUUUAAUCAACAACAUUUCUUGUUAACUAUUUCUAUAGGCGAGUCGAAAUAUAUGAUUCCAUCCUCAUUUGUUACAGUUGAAUACUCGUCUAUUCAGAAUUAUGAUAUAAAGAAGCUAACCGAUCAUGCUAUCAAAGGAAUCCAGCUUAGGAUGCUUAGUUCUCUCGAAGAAUCCGAUAAAAACAACGAGUGA